AUGGCUUCUGCUGUGGCAGCUUGCACGUCUGUAUAUCCAUCGAGAAAGACCAAUUUUCAGUGUUCCAAGUCACUGUGUAGUUCCGCUAGGAGAAGAAAAUCAAUUACAAAGUGCAACGGUGGGAGCUUGGUGAAUGGUUCAGCUAAAAUGAACAAUUUCAUGAGUUCCUGGCAUACUUGCUUUGGUUUUGAGCCCUGCAUGAAAUAUUAUUUACCCGGAUCGUCUGUUUCUUUUUCGUCUUUCUUUGCCAAAAAUGCGUUUAAGCACGUGCCAUUGAGUCAAAGGCAGAGGGGGAUGCGUGCUGCUGCUCAUUCUGGCAAAACCAUGGCCGUGGCCGCGGAACCUGAAAAGGAAGACACAACAAAGAAGAAACCUCUUAUGAAGAACAGGAGAGUUGUUGUGACCGGGGUGGGUGUAGUAUCACCAAUUGGUCAUGAUCCAGACAUGUUAUACCGUAAUCUUCUUGAAGGCAUCAGUGGCAUAAGUCAAAUUGAGGCAUUUGAUUGUUCUGAAUUUCCCAGUAGAAUUGCUGGAGAAAUCAAGGAAUUUUCUACUGAUGGGUGGGUUGCACCCAAGCUUUCGAGAAGAGCAGAUAAGUUCAUGCUCUAUAUGCUUACUGCUGGAAAGAAAGCUUUGGUAGAUGGUGCGGUCACAGAAGAUAUAUUGCAGGACUUGGAUAAGGCUAGAUGUGGAGUCCUAAUUGGCUCUGCCCUUGGGGCAAUGAAGAAAGAUGAUAUAGUUCUGAGGAGAAUCUUAAAACUUGUAAACCGUAAAAAUCAAAUCUUCCAUGAUGGCAUUGAGGAUUUACGGGUGUCGUACAAGAAGAUAAAUCCUUUCGGAAUACCUUUUGCAACAACAAAUAUCGGAGCAGCCAUGCUUGCAAUAGAUUUGGGUUGGAUGGGUCCAAGCUACUCAAUAUCCACUGCAUGUGCAACAAGCAACUUCUGUAUAUUGAAUGCUGCAAAUCAUAUAAUUAGAGAUGAAGCAGAUAUGAUGCUUUGUGGGGGGUCUGACUCGGCAAUUAUUCCUAGAGGCUUAGGAGGUUUCACUGCUUGCAGAGCCUUGUCGCGGAGGAAUAAUGAUCCAACAAGGGCUUCACGCCCUUGGGAUGUGGACCGUGAUGGAUUUGUGAUUGGGGAAGGAUCGGGUGUCCUACUCUUAGAAGAACUAGAACAUGCAAAGAAGAGAAAGGCUAAAAUAUAUGCCGAGCUUUUGGGCGGAAGCUUCACUUUUGAUGCUUAUCACAUGAUAAAGCCACAUCCAGGAGGAAGUGGAGUUGUUCUCUGCAUAGAAAAAGCCUUGGCUCAAUCUGGGGUGAACCGUGAAGAUGUCAACUACAUAAAUGCUCAUGCUGCAUCAACCCCAGCUGGUGACCUGAAAGAAUACCAGGCCAUUCUUCAUUGUUUAGGGGAAAACCCUGAACUUAAAAUAAAUUCAACGAAGUCCAUGACUGGUCACCUGCUUGGAGCUGCUGGUGCUGUGGAAGCCAUCGCAACAGUUAAGGCCAUACAGACAGGUUGGAUCCAUCCAAACAUCAAUCUUGAGAACCCUGACAAAGGCUUGGAUAUGAAUGUGCUGGUGGGCUCUAAGAAGGAGCGCUUGGAUAUCAAGGUUGCGCUCUCUAACUCAUUUGGCUUUGGAAGACACAACUCGUCUAUUCUAUUUGCACCUUAUAAGAAUGUCUAAUGCUUGCCAAAUAUCACACUUAAAGAAUGUAAUGUUUUAUCCACGAGGGAGGCAUUCGUGGUUGUGUUGAUCUUCAUCAAGUUGCCCUUAUAAAAGACUUCUGUAUGCCAAUGAAAACCAGAAAAUUUACUAUUCAUCUUCAGAAACGAAAACAGGUACGUCUAGGAAUUGAUGUGCAUGUGAGGAUUGUUAGCAUUUAUAGCAUUCAUCAAUGAGCUU